AUGUAUUCACUUGAAGUUGGAACAAUAGGUGGUGGAACAAAAUUACCAGCUCAACAAGCUUGCUUAAAAAUGCUUGACGUUGAUGGUUCUUUGUCGAAUGCACCUGGUGAAAAUUCUUGUCAACUUGCUCGUCUUAUAUGUUCAACAGUAUUGGC